GCAGGCAGGGCAGAAUAGCCUGGGUUAAGGUUACCUUGAAGCCUCUGUCCCGUCCUAAGCUUCCUGAUCUACACCAAUCAUGGGCAGGGGAAACUUUUAGGCUGGAUCCCGAACUCUCCACUGGUCGGCCCUGGAACUUUUCCCCUCGACUUUUUGCUCUCUUCCUGGACAUAAACUGAACCUCUUCAGAGACCUUGAGACUGUGACCCUUUGAAUUAUUUUAAAUUGUGAUUCUUUAGGGGGGAUUAAACAUCCAGUCCAGACACCAGGUGUAAUAUAUUUAGGGUCUCUUUGCAUGGUCCCAUCCUCUCCUUGACGAUCAGGACUCAAACAGGAUUAGCCCUGAGGCGCUGCAUGUAUUUUUUUCCACACAACUCUGUUGCUGAAAUUACAUUUUCAAAACUGCCAUGACUGAGGGAGUCGAAGCGCAAUCCUUCACCACAACCAUGGUCAUUGAGAGCAAAAAUGGAGAGGCAGGACACCCCCCAGCCAGGGUGACCAAGAGGACCGCCACUGACGACCUGUACACCACCUUCAGUUCCCCUAUGGCCUGGAUCCUGGUCGUAGCCCUGGUCGUCACCUGGUCUUGUGUGGCCAUCAUCAUGUUUGACCUGAUGGACUACAAGGGCCUCACAGGGGUCUCCCCACCUCCCGCUGUCAGGAAAGUAAUUAAGGAUGCAGGAAGGUCUAGAGGAAGCAUUCAGCAUAUCAGCUCGGACCCCAUGAAAGUGGUGAAUGAGGCGGUGGAGGAGUCCACUGACUGGGGCAAACUGCUUCUGACCGUUGUCUCCAGCCUGGUAGCACCCGAGGAGGAGGAAAUCGAAGUUGCAGGGAUGUUUGCCGAGGAAAAGGAACCAGUUGCGGAAGUAGAGGAGGAGGAGGAGGAGGAAGAGGAAGAUUAUGUAGAUGAAGUGGAAGAUGAGGAAGAGGAUGGAGAGGAUGAGGAUAUGGAAGAUGAGGAAGAAGAUGAUGAGGAAGAGGAGGAAGAGGAUGAGGAAGCAGCAGCUGAGGCCGAGGUAGAUGAGGAUGAUGAUGAUGAUGAUGAUGGUGAAGCAGAUGAAGAGGACUCUGCUGCAGCGACUGAAGAAGAUGAUGAUGAGGACGAAGAGGUGGCUUCAGAGGCUGAUGAUGAGGAGGAAGAAGUUCCUUCAAAGGCUGAUAAUGAGGAGGAGGAUGAUGAGGAGGAGGAAGAGGCUGCUCCACAUGCUGAUUAUGAGGAGGAGGAAGAGGCUGCUCCAGAGGUGGCUGCUGCCGAGGCUGAUGAUGAGGAAGAGGAGGAGGAAGAAGCAGCUGCAGCUGAUGAGGUGGCAGAGGAAAGUGAAGGUGAAGAUGAAGCUGCUGCAGGGGUCAUUGCUGAGAUUGAUGAGGAUGAGGGCCCCAUUCUGAUUGAUGUUGAUGACACAGAGACAGACACUUCUGUUGGAGAUGAUGGAGAGGAGGAUGACACCAUAGCUGAAGCUGAAACUGAAGCAAUUACAGAUGAGGAUGCCAGUGAUGCUGCUGCUGCUUCCACUGAUGAUGAUGAUGGUGAUAAUGAAGAGGAUGAAAAUGCUGUAGCUGUUCCUGCUGCUGCUGCCAGUGAUGAAGCCACAGAUGAUGCUCCUGUUUUGACUGCAGAUGAUGAUGAUGUUGAUGAGGAAGAUCAUAGCAUAUAUGUUGAUCAAACAGAUGAUGAUACUAAACCCAUUGACCUAGAAGAUGACGAUGAUAAUCUUGAUGAUAGUGAGGAUAUGGAUAUCUCAGACACAUUAGCUGAGGAUACAACUGAUGACUCUACAGAUUUAGAGGACACUGAUGAUGAUGAUGAUGACAUCGACAAAACAGUUGAGGAUUCAGGAGAGACUGUUAGAGAUGUCGCAUACAUUUCUGAUGACACAGAAGACGAUGAUGAUGAUGAUGAUGAUGAUGUGAAGGAUUCAGCUGAAGAGAUCGGCAAAGAAGAUGACGAUGAGGAUAAUGAAAUCAUAACCGAAGCCUUUGAUAGCUCAGCACCUGAAGAAGAUGAUCUAUCCAAGGAUGAUGACGAUGAUGAUGAUGACCUUCUUUUGACAGAGAUCAUCCUUUCAAAAGCACCGGAGGAGGAGGAGACUGAGGAACCAUCUGCUGAACCAGAGCUGACAAUAGAGGAAGCUCUGGAAGAGAAGGUAGUGGAGGAAGGGACAGCAGAGCCCAAACCUGAGGAGGAGGUAGAACCCAUCACUGAACGAGAGGGGUUAGCACCAGUGCCCAAGAGGGUAUUACCUAAACCCGAGGAGGUAGAACCUACAGCCGAAGAUAUUGAACAGAGUUGA